CACGGGCGAUAUGAGUUUAUUUCAACAUUCAACGAAAGCAGAACUUCGAGUAGAAUUAUUGCAGGUGUUGCUGAGACAUGGAGAACGAACGCCACGUGAGAAAGAAUUGUGGCCGAAUGAUCCCUACAGCGUAUCGACGUACGAGCCAUGGGGUCUCGGACAGAUGACAAAUCUAGGAAAAAUGAGAGAAUAUCGUAUCGGAGAAAUGCUAAGAGAACGGUAUGACAAAUUCUUAGGAAGUAUAUAUCAUCCCAGUGACGUGUAUGCUCGAAGUACCGACCUUGAUCGAACAAAGAUGUCUCUCCAACUGGUUUUGGCUGCACUUUAUCCUCCAAAUUCACCGCAGAUAUGGAAUGUUAACAUGCCAUGGAUGCCCAUACCAAUGCAUUAUAUGCCGGAGAAAGUAGAUAAUCUGAUGAAACCAGAUUUCUCUCCAAUAUAUUUAGGCGCAUUAAAAAAAGUAAGAAAGUCAGAAGAAGUACUUAAAAAAGUCUCAGUUUACAAAGAUCUAUUUAAAUUUCUUAGCGAAACAACAGGUCUAAACAUAACGAAAACAAAUCAAGCGUACGAAAUUUAUAAUCUACUGGUAUCACAGAAAAGCAUGAAUCUUGUACUGCCGAAAUGGUGUACCGAUGAAGUGUACAAAAAAAUUCAAGGCAUUGUGAAGCUCGAAUAUGAAAUCCGCUCUUACACGCCGCAGAUGAGACGUUUGAAUGGUGGUCCGCUUAUUAAAACAUUCAUUGAAAAUAUGAAGCUCAACGAAGAACGUAGAAAACCACGAAAGAUUUACUUGUACAGCGGACACGAGACAAAUGUUGCGGGGUUCGUGAGAGCUCACAAUUUCACGGAACCAGAACUACCAAAUUACGGAACUGCCAUUAUACUUGAAAAAUUAAGAGACAAAGCUGGCGAGCAGUUUGUUAGGAUGCUCCUUUGGACUGGUAUCACGGAGGAAUUGAUACCUUAUAAAUUUGAUGAAUGUGAUGAGAUCUGUCCAAUCGAAAAAUAUUUGAAAUUAGUGAAAGACGUUAUUCCAUCGGCGGAUGAAAUGAAUCAUAUGUGGGAUCAUAUAUCGAAAGAAGAAUUACAAAAAUUAUAUGAAGAAAAGAAUAAUUUUAAUUAGAGCCUUUAAGUAGAUUAAUUGCAAAUUAACGAACAAUUUAUUUUAUUAUUCAAUAUGUUGAGUCGCCAACAGCUAAACGGAUCUUGGUCGAUAAUGAUAAGUCGAAACUAUUUAUAAAGUAUUAUGAUAAAUUAUUAAUGAAACGUAUAAACGAUAAAAACAUAUAAAC